GUGAUUUCCAUGGCAGCCGCAGCCGCGCGGCUGAGGAGAGGCGGUGGCGACGCGGCCGCUCCCGUUCCUCAUCCCGCUCCCGCAGCCGCUCUCGAUCCCGCUCCCUGCCCACUGCGAUGGUGCCCGAGCGGAGCCGCGGCGGCGGAGGGGCGGUCGUGCCGCUGCUGCGCGGCUCCAGCCGGGCGCGGGGGCGGCGGCAGCAGCAGCAGCAGCGCAGACCUUAAUUUAUUUGGGAUUGGGAUCCCCAUGGCACGUGAACUAGAGGAUAAUUCGGAGUAGGAGGUGUUUUGAUCCUUCCCAAGAUGGUGGGGAAGCUGAAGCAGAACCUGCUGCUGGCGUGCCUGGUGAUCAGCUCGGUGACCGUGUUCUACCUGGGCCAGCACGCCAUGGAGUGCCACCACCGCAUGGAGCAGCGCGGGCAGCCCCCGCGGGGGGACAGCGCCAGGGCCACGCUGGGCACGGCCCCCGCUGGCACCGGCGGUGGCAGUGCCAACCGGAGCCUGCCCUACAGCAAGGACAUGCCCCUGAUCUUCAUCGGGGGCGUGCCCCGCAGCGGCACCACGCUGAUGCGCGCCAUGCUGGACGCGCACCCCGACAUCCGCUGCGGGGAGGAGACCAGGGUGAUCCCCAGGAUCCUGGCCGUCAAGCAGAUGUGGGCCAGGUCCAGCAAGGAGAAAAUCCGCCUGGACGAGGCCGGGGUCACGGAUGAGGUGCUGGAUUCGGCCAUGCAGGCGUUCCUGCUGGAGAUCAUCGUCAAGCACGGCGAGCCCGCUCCCUAUUUGUGUAACAAGGAUCCCUUCGCUUUAAAAUCCUUAACUUACCUGGCCAGGAUUUUCCCCAAUGCCAAAUUCCUGCUGAUGGUGCGGGAUGGCCGUGCCUCUGUGCACUCCAUGAUCUCCAGGAAGGUCACAAUAGCUGGCUUUGACCUGAACAGCUACAGGGACUGCCUGACCAAGUGGAACCGGGCCAUAGAGACCAUGUACAACCAGUGCAUGGAGGUGGGCUUCCAGAGGUGCAUGCUGGUGCACUAUGAACAGCUGGUGCUGCACCCUGAGAGGUGGAUGAGGACUCUCCUCAAGUUCCUGCACAUCCCCUGGAACCAGGCAGUGCUGCACCAUGAGGAGAUGAUUGGAAAAGCAGGGGGGGUUUCUCUUUCCAAGGUUGAAAGAUCCACUGACCAAGUGAUCAAGCCAGUGAAUGUGGAAGCCCUGUCCAAGUGGGUAGGGAAGAUCCCAGCUGAUGUCCUGCAGGACAUGCCAGUGAUUGCCCCCAUGCUGGCCAAGCUGGGCUAUGACCCCUAUGCCAACCCCCCCAACUAUGGGAAGCCAGACCAGAAAGUGGUGGAAAACACCAGGAGGGUCUAUAAAGGUGAAUUUCAGCUUCCUGACUUCCUCAAAGAAGUGCCACAGCCGAAGAAGACAGUAGAAAGGAGACUGAACCUAUGGAAUAGAAGAUAAAAUGGACAUUUCUUGCACAGAAGAAGAUCAGCUGCUGCCUUUUCCAUGGGAAUGAUCCCUCAGGCCUGUCCCCCUGGCAUCAGAGGUGUGCUGCUCAUGGCCUGCUCUCAGAAUGUUCUCUCCUCUUGCUUUCAUCCUGGUUUUGUUUCAAAUUUUGCUGUUGUGAGCGCAUGUAAACCUGUUAAAAAACAACAAAAAAAAUCACUGAUGUUAAUGUACAACUGCUUUACAUUCGCACAACUAUUUUUUUAAGGUUUUAAAAAAUGCAAAAGCAAUGCCUGUCUCUGAAAUUGCUCUUCUCUUUUAAUUACAGGGCUCCAUCUUCAGAUUUUUUUUGUUUCUUGUAGCAGUUUGGUUUUAAAUGUACAAAGCUUUCAAGAGUGGUCUGUGCUUGUCCUGAAAGAUUCUUGGUGCAAAAGUUGUUUUAUUCAUAUGUGAAAAAUGUUAAAUAUCUUUUAUUUAAAAAGGAAAAAAAGUUGAUAAAUUACAUGUACAAUUACAAUUCAAUGAUCUUUUGUAUUUUAUUUUUCAAAAUAAAUGCUUUAAAUGUGA